AUGUCGGAGUGCUACAAUAACGUCUUGAGGGGUGUGAGAGAGUUACCGAUUAGAGCGUUGGUUGAUUUGACAUUUUGGAGGACGGUAAAAUGGUGGGUGGAGAAGAAGACAACAAUCGAACACAUCGAAGGUGAAUUAACCCCAUGGGCGAGGGACAAACUUGCUAAGAAUGACUCAAAGGGGCGAAAACAUUACAUCACUGUCAUUGACCGAGAUACAGGGAAGUACCAUGUCCGAACUCGAGGAAGAAUCGUACAAGGAGUGUCAAAGGGCAACAGUGUUCAAUUAGUGAGGUAUUUGGAAUCGAGUUGCAGUUGUGGUAAGUGGCAGAUGUGGAGAAUCCCUUGUUCGCAUGCUUGUGCGGUUGCUAGAGACCGAGGUCAUGUUAUGAUUGACCUCAUUGAUGAGAAGUACUACCUAGGUACAUGGAGAUCACAGUACUAUACUCAAGUUUCAUUUGAUGCACCAAGACACGAAGAGUAUUGGGUUGCACCUUCAUGGAAGUUGUGCAUCACCCCUCAGCAGUUGAUUCCUAGAACGCGUGGCCGAGUUAGAAGAAGGAGGAUACUUAAUCAAAUGGAUGUCCAGGAGGAAGAUGAACUGAGAGCUCCCCGCCGUUGCAGAAAUUGCGGGAUAGAGGGGCAUGACCGAAAAAUUGCUCAGCCGGUGUCGUUCAGUAAAGUUGUGGUAAAUAUUUGUGAGAUGUGA